CCAUUUGACCUCGGGUGCUGGAGAAUCCAUUUGCUGUUACAAGCUAAGCUGCUGAAAGUUGUGUAACAGGGGAAACACAAAGGACACCGCUCCAGGGAGGACUCGUUCAUCUAAUUUAUACAGAGGGUCUCUCCUCACAUAUCAACCCUCCAAGUCCUGAAUUUGAAUUAUUAACGUUAUUCGGAAAAAAAUGUUUUCACUGUCAGCCUCGUUUCAGCCUCAGCAGGUGAUGCUGCCCCUCAGCCAGCUCAUCAAUGCCCUCCACUCUCUGAAGAACUCAGCCACAGCUUCAGUCCAGACCCUGCACAAAGACUUCAUUCCAGAGCACAGUUCAUUUCUAAAAGAGCCCAAUGUGAGUCUGAGGGAUCUUGGCCUGUCAGAUAUCAAGGUGAGUCAGCUGGAUGAGCUGGUCAGCAGGUUACUGCCCACACCGGGACGAGAAGAACCUCCUGCUGUUCCUUCGCUAUGGAGGACAAGUCACGUUUCUGCAGACAGCUUCUUUCACAAUAAGCAUGGGUUUUCACACAGAAGGUUGGGGGUUUUUGGCUCCCCAAUAUUUCACAGACAAUAUCACAGUCCUCUAAAAGAGGUUUGCUCAGAGCUACAAUUCUUGCCUGUAUGGGUCCAGAGUCGGGGUUUCAAGACACUUAAAUCAAAGACCAGAAGAAUGGAGUCUGGUUAUGAUGUUCCGCCGGAGUCUGAGCCCUAUACCCCAGCAUUCAUGAAGGGAUGGCUUCAGAGGGAAAAGGGACCAGAGGUGCAAUCACUGGAUCAACUGGCGAAACAAACAAACCUUCCAGACAACAAGCAGGAGGCAUACAAGACGGGUUUCACCGAGGGGUUCAUGAGGUCUCAGGCCUUCACUCAGAGAACACAAGACUCACUCAGGAGAACCAGGUUGAUCCUGUUGGCCCUCGUACUUCUUGGUAUUUAUGGGUUGUCAAGAACCCCGUUUCUCUCGGGUAAAGGCUCCUUUUCUGACGCUGUGAGGUUCCGCACCACAUCUGGUCUUGACUCAGCAGUCGACCCCAUCCAGAUGAAGAAUGUGACAUUUGAGCACGUCAAAGGAGUGGAGGAGGCAAAGAAUGAAUUACAAGAUGUUGUGGAGUUUCUCAAGAACCCCCAGAAGUUUACUGUUCUGGGUGGAAAGCUACCUAAAGGGAUCCUCCUUGUUGGUCCACCAGGCACAGGCAAGACUCUGUUAGCACGAGCUGUGGCUGGGGAGGCCGAUGUGCCUUUCUACUACGCCUCCGGAUCAGAGUUUGAUGAGAUGUUUGUGGGUGUCGGUGCGAGCAGAAUCAGGAACCUUUUCAAAGAGGCAAAAGCUAACGCUCCCUGUGUCAUCUUCAUCGAUGAGUUGGACAGCGUUGGUGGAAAGAGGAUCGAGUCUCCUAUGCAUCCCUAUUCCAGACAAACCAUCAACCAGCUGCUGGCUGAAAUGGAUGGGUUUAAACCAAAUGAAGGUGUCAUUGUUAUUGGUGCUACAAACUUUGCAGAGGCUUUGGAUAACGCUCUGAUAAGGCCAGGAAGGUUUGACAUGCAGGUGACGGUCCCUCGCCCAGAUGUGAAAGGACGCACUGAAAUUCUCAAAUGGUACCUCUCCAGAAUCACAAUGGACCCUGGUGUGGAUGCUGAGAUUAUUGCCCGGGGCACAGUGGGCUUUUCCGGGGCAGAGCUGGAGAACCUGGUCAACCAGGCAGCCCUGAAGGCAGCCAUGGACGGGAAAGAGACAGUCACAAUGAAGGACCUGGAGUUCGCUAAGGACAAGAUCCUCAUGGGCCCUGAGAGGAAGAGUGUUGAAAUCGACAAGAAGAAUAAAACCAUCACAGCCUACCAUGAGUCCGGCCAUGCCAUCGUUGCCUAUUUCACCAAAGAUGCAAUGCCCAUCAACAAGGCCACGAUUAUGCCUAGAGGCCCAACUCUCGGCCAUGUGUCCAUGCUCCCAGAGAAUGACCGCUGGAGUGAGACCAGAGCCCAGCUGCUGGCUCAGAUGGAUGUCAGUAUGGGCGGCCGAGUAGCAGAGGAGCUCAUCUUCGGAGAUGACCACAUCACCACUGGAGCCUCCAGCGACUUUGAUGGAGCAACCAAAAUAGCAAAAAUGAUGGUGACCAGGUUCGGCAUGAGUGACAAGCUUGGUGUCAUGACCUACAGUGACGUAACCAAGCAGAGCCCAGAGACGCAAGCUGCCAUCGAACAAGAAGUCAGGGCUUUACUGAAGGACUCAUAUGAUCGUGCUAAAAACAUCCUCAAGACUUACAGUAAAGAGCACAAGACGCUAGCUGAUGCCCUGCUAAGAUAUGAAACUCUGGAUGCUAAAGAGAUCAAGAUGGUGCUGGAGGGAAAAUCACUGGACCACUAGAUACCUCAGUAGAUAAUCUUGUAUCAUAUAUAUAUAUAUAUUUGAAGCCGUGCGAUUGCACACUGGCCUUUUGGAGGCCUUGUAUUUCAUUUGUUUCCCUCUUAUUAUCAAUGUGAAGAUGACACCGAAAUGAUUAAGUUUCACCCCUUUAUAUAAAUUUUUAUUUCAUUAAUUUUCAUUUGUCUGGCUUUUCCUGUAGAGAAUACUAUUUUAAAGUGCUUCACCGAAACGGAAAUAAAUAUUUCUUCUCCACAAGUUUGUCUACUACAGUUCACAAAGAUAUUUGAGGUUUCACUGGGGGCUUUUUGUCCUCUACUCUCAAGACAUAUGACCUCCUAAUAGUUUUAUACAUCAGAGCCAUAUUUGGUAUCAUAACAAGGUCAUAAGGCAAAUGGAUUUGACAAAUGGCAUGGUUAUUGAAGGUGAGAUGAAUGAUGAUUUAAUCUCUGUCUCAUUUUAAUUUUGUACAGACUGGUGAACACCAUUGGACCUUAACGUACCUCAGUCUAGAAUGUAUCAGUUGGCUGUAGCAAGGUACAGGUGAUACUGCUGUUCUUGUUGUCUUCAUGUUAGUUUUUCCCUCUAAAUUAUUUCUUUCACUGGCAUCUACCAUAUGCUAUCUGUUUUGUGUGUUCUUAUUUAUUUAAGUGCCCAAAGGUGUAUCCUGUUUUCUUGAAAUUAGUCAUAUGCCCUCAUGCUCUAUUCUAAGCUCACCUGUAUGUGAUAAAGGAAGGAGAAAGUGUGUGUAUAUAUAUUAUGAGCGUGUCAAAGGAUUGGCUUUGUGCUUCUGUUUGUUCUUUUAGACAAUGGGUUCCUUGAAGCUCAAAUAAAGGUUACUCUUA